AUGGUUUCUCCAUCCUUUUCUACCAGUCCUUUUGGGAGUCCAUUAAAGAAGAGAUGUUUGCGUUAUCUCUAUGUUGACGCAUCUCCUUUCCACAAAAUCAAUUUCUCUUUCACUACUCUCAUCCCCAAAUCAAAUAUCCCUUGCAGUGUCAAGGACUUUAGGCCUAUCAGCCUGCUCAAUGGCCUGAUCAAAAUCUUCAUUAAGGUUCUAGCUAACAGACUAGGUCUGUGUCUGUCAUCGCUUGUAGACAGUAUCCAAUCUGCCUUUCGAGCAGGUUGGGCAGACAAGAUACAUGGGCACGUCCCAACUGAUGGUCCUCAUCACGCGCAAGUUCUUCGCGAGCCAAUUGGCGUUGCAGGUCAGAUUAUAGAUUAUCCAUGGAAUCUCCCGAUGCUUCUGUUUGCUUGGAAGAUUGGUCUGGCUCUGGCAUGUGGAAACGCGCUCGCGCUUAAAACUGCAGAGCAGACCCCUGCGUUUGCUUUGUAUGUAUCAAAGUUGAUUCUCCUCUGCGAUGCUGGACUUCCCGCGGAAGGUGUUCUGAACAUUGUGUCUGGAUUUGGUCCGACUGCUGGCACUGCUAUUGCCGGCCACAUGGAAGUUGACAAGGUUGCUUUUACUGGAUCAACUGAUACAGGCAAAAUCAUACUCGGACUCACUGCAAAAAGCAACUUAAAGCCAGUGACAUUGGAGCUUGGAGGCAAGUCUCCAAUGAUCAUAGUUGAUGAUGCUGACGUUGAUCAAGCUGUAGAGCUUCGACAUUCUGCAUUGUUCUUCAAUCAGGGACAAUGCUGUUGUCCUGGAUCUCGUACUUUUGCACAUGGUAUUUAUGACAAAUUCGUAGAUAAAGAAUUAGCACGGGCUUUGAAACAUGUUGUUGGUGAUCCUUUAGGAAAGGGUGAUGAGCAAGGUCCCCAGAUUGAUGAUAAGCAAUUCAAAAAGAUUCUGGGGUACAUAAAAUCAGGUUUAGAUUCUGGUGCUUCCCUCAUAACUGGAGGUGAAAGAAUAGGUAGCAAGGGAUACGUUAUUGAGCCAACCAUUUUCUCCGAUGUGAAAGAUGAUAUGGCGAUUGCAAAGGACGAAAUCUUUGGACCAGUGCAAACCAUUCUAAAAUUUAAUGACCUGGAUGAGGCGAUAAAAAGGGCAAACAAUUCACGUUACGGGCUAGCUGCUGGGGUUUUCACAAGCAACAUUGGCAAGGCUAACACUCUAGCUCGAGCAUUGGAAGUUGGGACUGUGUGGGUUAAAUGCUUCGAUCCUUUCGGGGGAUACAAGAUGAGCGGGCAUGGAAGAGAGAAGGGUAUUGAUAGUCUCAAGAGCUAUUUGAAGGUUAAGUCAGGAGUAACCCCUCUCAAGAACCCUGUUUGGCUGUAGA